CGAGCAGAGGCUCGUCAUCACUCCUUCAGCUCCCACGCCCAUCCUCAGUUUAUUCCUCCCAAAUACCUUCAUCCGCAUUGCAACGCUCAUAAGCGUUAUCCCGUAUUCUCAAAGGCGGCACCUUUCUGGUCGCGCUGGGGCCGGUGCCCUUCAUCAAAAGAGCCAGCAUCACGACCCGUCAUCCUGCUGGCCAACUUCUAUCAUUUAGAGCCGAAUAAAUGUCCUUCCAGUGGCAGUUGCACUGUUGGGUUCGAUAAGCCAAAUGAACGAAUCGAGAAUGAUGAUGUAAUUAGGAAGGCCUACACAACAUUUCAAGAGGCUGGAAAGCCUUACUUCAUUUCUGAACCAAUAGAUUUGACUUCGGACAAACAGUCUGUUUUUCUUAGCCUUCCGCCUUACUCUUAA